AUCAGAACAGUCUGUACCACACACCGGCAGCUUAUGAAAGCUUCACCGGUUUAACCCCAAUCGGUUUCAGCGCAAUCGCAGGCGAAAGGGCUAUUGUUUCAGUAGAUGAUUCUCUAGAAGUCGAAAUAUGAUUUUUGCACUUCCUCGGAUUUAACGCAUCGCGAAGACUGAAUAGGUGAAGCUCUGUCUUUGAUGGCCGUGUCAGGAAACGCCCGGCGGAUCCCGAUGGGUGUGCGGACAUUCAGUGAGUUUCUGGAAAUAGCGACGGUCGGACCGUGUCGCCCCAGCAGCCCGAAUAAAUACAGAGAGAGGAUACAGCACUGGCCCAUCAGACACCUGUCCUCCUGCGGGAUCUUGAUGACCCGUCAUCCGCGCGCCCUCUGUCUCUCGGAAGUGGAUUUGACUCCCACUCAUCACAGGAGAUCUUUCAUCAGCCUCACCAAUAAGAGAAAAGAGUAUUCCGAGAGGAGAAUACUAGGGUACUCAAUGCAAGAGAUGUAUGAUGUGGUAGCCAACGUGGAUGACUACAAACACUUUGUACCGUGGUGUAAAAAGUCCCAGACCAUCAUGAAAAGAGCCGGUCAUGCCAAAGCUCAGCUGGAAGUGGGCUUCCCUCCGGUUGUUGAGCGAUACACUUCAAUGAUAAGCCACGUCCGUCCACAUCUGGUCAAAGCGGUGUGUUCGGACGGUAAACUCUUCAACCAUUUAGAGACAAUUUGGCGGUUUAGUCCCGGUAUUCCUGGCUAUCCUCGCACAUGCACUGUAGACUUCUCUGUCUCGUUUGAGUUCCGUUCAUUGCUGCAUUCACAGUUAGCGACUGUGUUUUUCGACGAGGUGGUGAAGCAGAUGGUGGCGGCGUUUGAGCGGCGAGCGGGCAAACUCUACGGACCCGAGACGAGGAUACCCCGCGAGCUCAUGUUUCACGAGGUCCAUCAAACAUGAGGUGCACCUUCACACGGGACUCACCUGCAUCUGGAACUCCCAAAACUCUUUAGAUGGUUAUCACAUGAUAAAUCAGAUCCACUGGGAUGGUACGAUAGAUACCAUUUACUUACCCAAGAUUUCAGUUCACCAUCAAUUUUUUUGUUUGCUUUUUGACCGUGAAUGAAGAUGAAUUGAUUAUUGCAGCUCUGACAGGUAAGAUUUGAAAGUUGAGGUGAAGAACUUGGGCGUUUCAUUACGGUUUCAUCUUGUUUACUUUAUUGAGGCCAAAUCUGACUUAGUACUGAAGCUGAAAAUAAUAUUUUAGGUGAAAUCUGUCGCACACUGUUGAUUGCCACACAAAAUGGUUUCGAUUGGUACCUCAGCUUUUUAAAACAAACAAUAAAACAUGUACAGCACAGGCAUUGUUUACUUUCCCCUUGCAUUUGUGCAGCUGUUUAAUUUAUGGUUUUAAGUCAGUAUUUGUGGUAAUCAACAGCAUGCAAGGGCACAGAACAUCCCAGAAUAGUCCUUCUAAAAUGAAUCUUUAUAUAACUAGAUAUGAAUUCAAAUUGCUUGAAUAUGAUCCUGCUUACAGUGACCUGCUUGACUUCCACACUGCACUGAAUUUAUAAUAUUCAUCUCAAGAAGUCACACUCAGAGGUGUGUGACUCCAAACACGACUGUAAAUAUAAUAAAAAUGAAUUAUACAGUUAGAGUGUAUUUCUCUCGCCUAAAUAUUUAUCCUCACAGAUAACAAAAACAUUUGUAAAAGUAGUGGAUUGUAAAGAAGGAAUUGUAUUUAGCAUGCUUUUGCUUCCUUUGGAUGCAAACUCAGGGCUUUAGAGAAAUUCGAAGGAAAGAAAUAUACGGAUUCGGCCUGUUGUUCACUAAUCGUGAUCUUAGUGUGUGCCUGUUCAUGUAGACUGUGCCAUUUCUUAUUUGUUGGUACAUUAAUGUAUAAACACUACUGUAUGUUUGUCUAUUGUUUGUGAUUUCUUGAAAAGCUACAGUAUUAGCUGGCUAAGCUUCAGAUAAGCUACAGAUGCAUAGCAGACAUUUUUUGCUUUUUUUCAACAUUUUAUUUUAUGAGAUUUUCAGCCAUUCCAAAGCCUUAUCUAAGUGCUCAUGGCAUUUUUAAAUGACUUUAAGUAACGUGAUUUUCAAAAAUUGUCCAUUGAUCAUUUAUUUGUGCUGUAUCAAACGCCUGUCUAAAAGUCUUCCGUGGAAAUAGUCACCAUUCGUAGAUUUCUAGGAUCUAUCAUAUAAAGACUUUGUUAGAUGUCUGUUAAGUGAGAAUGUUUGGUUGAAGAACUGUGAAUAGGAACCAAAGAGAUGAGAAGUGCUUUAUAAGAGCAAGAAGAGCACAAUUCUAGGAACAAAUUCUCUCUGAAAUGAAUGUUGUGUGCUUGGUAAACCUUAAUUCUCUCUCAACAGGCCUGUCGUUAGUGUUUAUAACCUUGCACAAGCAUUUCUUUUCAUUUUAGAAUCUAUAAAUUUAUUUGCAAACUUC